AUGGCGACCACCGCUCCGGCACGAGCCACGCCCACCUCACGACGCUCGCCCCCUACCCUCUCUAGCUCCCCCGCAGCCUCCUCUAUCGCCAAAGGCGCGACAGCACGCGCAGCAAUAGGCCCCCGUGCGGCUGCUUCUGUCACCUCUCCGGCACGCAGGGCGUCCAUAAGAGCCUCUCAACCACCCGCUCUCAACGGCAGCGAGACACGCGAAACACUCUCAGUAUCCCUCAAGGCUGAGACGGAGCACAAGGAGAAGCUUCUUGUGCAGCUGCAGGACAAGGAGCAAACCAUCACCCAACUAACGACCGACAAUGACAACCUCACCUCAUCUCUCCAUGCCGCUGAAUCGCGCCUUGCUGAGCUUUAUGCCGACCAAAAUCGAACAGAGGAAGAGAUGGCUGCGCGCAUAGAAGUAAUCGAGAAGCUGCGUACCCAAGUGCGCGAUCUGGAGAAAGAGAAGCGCGAUAUCCAGCGACGAUACAACGAGCAGGUAUGUGUUAACUUGUUUCGCCUUCAGACUUCGACUUUCGAGGCCGAACGGCAGUCAUUUUAUGACAACGAGCAGCACUUGAAGUCACGUAUACAGUCUCUCAUGCAAGCCCGCAAACAGCCCGCACCAAUCCUCACGUCUCCGUCUGUCGUCUCCGUUGCGGAGUCGGAGGCAGGCAUCGAGGAACAACCCGCCGAGGUCGCGGAGCCUCCCAAACAGGAUCUCAAUGACCCUGAACAGGAGCCGGCCGAGAUGACUGCGCUUCGCUUAGAGCUGUCGACGCUGUCCACGUCAUAUACCUCGUUGCAGUCCACCCUCGUGCUCCUUCAGACGCAACUCAACGAUCUGAAACGUGUCAACAACGAGCUGCAAGAGGAGAAUGAGUCGUACAACAUUCUUCUUCGGGAGAAGACCCUCAGCGGACAGUUUGACGUUAUGCGCAUGGGCGGGGGCGCGAGCAGCGUCCCGACGGAGCCGAGUGACAGCGAGGCCGGAGACGAGGAUGAUGGCAGGGACGCCGAAAGCCUUCGGAGCAGGACCACCGCCAGAAGCGUGCUUGAUCCGGUCGACGAGCGCGCGGAGGAGCUGCACGAACUCGAUCCCAGUUUCGAGAUGGAGCAGCAGGAGCGCGAGGCCCAGGAGGACGAUGCCGCCAGGCAACCCCGCAGAGGCGGCCGCCGGCGCACGACCUCCACCGCAUCUCGUUCCUCCCCUGCCCCGCGCGGCGAGUCCCUCGCAAACCUUCCGAUCACCGGUCCCGGAUUGGACCUCGCCGCCGAGCUCGGUCGCGCAGAAAACAAGGACAUCCUGGAGGGCCGCGCAUCCUUGGAGACCGACCGAUCUGUCAUCAACCCUAAAGGGAAGAAGGGCCGGAAGAGCGAUGCCACCCGCAAGGUAUCUUCAAUGUCCGAGGGCGCCGCAGGCUUGGAGCCAAGUGGUUCGGUCAACGACAUCGAAACUUUGCGGAGCGAGGUCAAGAACCUCAAGGAUGCGAACAAGGCUCUCUCCCUUUACGCAUCCAAGAUCAUCGACAGGAUCAUCUCGCAGGAGGGCUUCGAGCAUGUCCUCGCCGUCGACUACGACAAGGUCGCGUCCCCGACUACCGCCUCGUUCACUACGUUCAGCAACAUCCCCGCUUCCCCGAAUCCCGCGACCGCUCAGCCUCCGAAGAAGGCCAGGCCUCAGUCUGCUAUAUUCGGGCUCUCCGGGUCGUCUGCUGCCACUACAUCGCCGCCGCAAGAGCGCCUCACCACGUUCGAAGACAUCCGUGCUGCGAAUGCUCUCAACUCUCCCAAGCUCGACGGCCCGCCUGCACCUUCGGCUUCGACGCGUGCGUCCAGGCGUUCUCUCUCCUUCGACUGGAGCAGGUUCUCCAUGUUCGGCAAGGAUGAGAAGCGGCCAGACCCACAUCUCCGCCCUCUUACGCUCAAGGCAGGCGCGAACUCGGUCGUGACCAACGCGCGCAAGCUCGAAACAGAAGAGGACGAUGACGACCGCCGCGAGCGCGAGCGCCUGCACGCGACCAUGAAGCUCAUGGGCAUCGAGAAGCCUGCGUCGCCUGCGAUGCCUUCCAUGGGCAAGAGCUACUCAUCCCCAAGCGGUGAAAUCGUACGCACCCCUGUCACCGCGAGCACGAUCACGCCCGGCAACAGCACGCCGCUCACGCCCUCGACGUCUUCGCGCUUCUCGUUCUUCCGACGUGCGAACUCAUUGUCCUCGAACCCGUCUUCUGCGCGCUCGUCAUUCUCCGGCAGCCCGAAUCCCGGAGCGGGGACGCCGAACCUGACGCAGGAGGCACUCGAGCAGGCCGAGGCGGAGAGCGCUCUCGCAGCGCUCGACGCACACGAGCGGCAACUCAGUGUAGAGAUUGCGAAGGGCUCCCCCGGCGGGUUCACUGAGAUCGUGCGCCGGAGCGGGGACCGCCGGAGCAGUCGGCGCAGUGGGGGCAGUGGGAGUACGGUCUGGAGCGCGGGAAUGAGCAAGGCAGAGGGCGAGGACGACUGA